GCUCCAGGACGCGCUGAGAGGAGGUGGCCGGCGGCGCGGGUGCUCCCCGGAAAGAGGGGCACGAAGCUCAGCUAGAGAAGGAGACAGGAGGGGACACCCUGGGAAGGGCUCAGGAAGGGGCACUCGGAGAGAGUAGGGGCCGUGAGGGUGUCCCCCGGAGGGGUGGCCGCACCCCGCGGCUCCCAGCUUUACGCAGAGGCGCGCCGCGAGCCGCCGGGCGGUCGCCUGCCCACCUUGGGGGGGCCGAGAGCGGCAGGGGCACCCCCCCUCCGCCUCGUCUUUCUCUCCUCCCCUCCGCCGCCUCCCUCCCUCCCUCCUUGCCUGCCUGCCUGGGAUGGUCGUGGGAGCAGGGAGCACCCGGCAGGACUGCCCUGGGCGCGAAGGGUGGCUCGCCCCGGCGCCGGUGGGGAGGACGGCUCGCCGGGGCUCAGCAGUCUCGGGGGCCCGCAGCCGCCGGCGUCGGUGAUGGCCAAGGAUGUCCUCAGAGGGGGAAGCCGAGGCGGCUGCUGAGAGCGGGCCAGGCAGCACCCCCGCGCCGGGGGCCGCUGCCGCUGUGCGAGAGGAGCAACGCCCCGUGAAGCAGUCCCUGAGCGCCUGCAUGUGCCGAGAGUCCCACUGGAAAUGUCUCCUCCUCUCCAUCCUCAUGUAUGGCUGCCUGGGAGCAGUGGCCUGGUGUCAGCUGGCCCGAGUCACCAAGCUCAGUUUUGAUAGCUCCUUCAAGGGCAAGUCCAUGAUCUACCAUGACAGCCCAUGCUCAGAUGGCUAUGUCUAUAUCCCACUGGCCUUCCUCUCUAUGCUGUACGUGGUGUACCUGGUGGAGUGCUGGCACUGCCACGUCAAGAGAGAGCUGCAGUACAAGGCAGACGUGGACAGUGUCUAUGAAUGCAUCAACCGCAUGCAGCAGGCCACUCCAUGCAUCUGGUGGAAGGCCAUCAGCUACCACUUCGUGAGGCGAACCCGGCAGGUGACCCGGUACCGCAAUGGUGAUGCCUACACCACCACGCAAGUCUACCAUGAGAGAGUCAACACCCAUGUGGCUGAAGCUGAGUUUGACUACUCUCACUGUGGAUACAAAGACAUCUCCAAGGAGCUCUUGGGUCUAGAGAGCUACACAGCCACCAAGCUGAGGUUCACCAAGUGCUUCAGCUUUGCCAACGUUGAGUCUGAGAACUCUUAUCUGACUCAGAGGGCUCACUUUUUCACAGAGAUUGAGGGGCUGGAUGACUACAUGGAGGUGAGGGAAGGCAUGCAGCUCAAAAAUGUGGACUUUAAAGAGCUUAUGAUGGCCUAUGGGGACCCAGAUCACCUCCCAUGGUAUGUGUCCCACUAUGCUUUCUGGGUGGCAGCUAUCCUGAUGAUCUCGUGGCCACUCAGGGUGCUCAUAGAGUAUCGGACUGCUUAUGUCCACUACCACGUGGAGAAGCUGCUGGGCCUGGAGUACACAGCACCCACCGCAGCAGAGGAGCCCUUGUACCGGUACCGCAUGCCCCGAGAUGCCACGCAGGACAGCACCGAGCUGGAAUGGCACAUCUGCACCAACCGGCAGCUGAUUCCCAGCUACUCCGAGGCCAUGCUCAUGGACUUGGCCAGCUCCCCAGCCUGCAACAGCUACACGGUGUGCCGGUACGGCGGAACAGCCCAGGGCUGCGAGCGCUGCAACCGCACCUCCAGCACCUCUUCCAUCUUCUCGCGGCACGCUUUGCACAGCUGCAGCGGCAACUCUCGCCUCUCCCUCAACACCAGCCGCUUCUCCCUCUGCCGCAUCCACGGCUCCCACAGGACAGGCCUCUGGAGGAGCCGCAGCAGCAGCAUCGCAGAGCGAGGCUGCCAGGACGAGCAGUGCUGCUCCUACUCCAGCCAGCUGGCUGUCAACGAAAACCCCCCAACCUACCAUGACGCCCGCUUCUUCCCCGUCCUGAUCGUGCACAGGCCAGAGGGGCAGGACGGGCGGCGCUUCUACAUCAGGCGCUCCUCCUGUCUAGAAACCUCUCUGUGACAGGCCUCCAUGGCUUCUUGGCUCUUCUGCCCGAAGGGCAUAGAGCUUGCAAAGGUGCUGCUGGUGGACAGCCUGCAUGUGUUGGUCUUCACAGUGCGUCCGCAGCAGGACAAGCUUCAGCUCUUCCACCUGCCAUUGCAAGAGGAUGCAGGCACUCUGAUCAAUGGCUAACCUUAUUUCCAAGGACUUGUCCCCCUCCAUCAGCUGGUCUCCCUAGUCUUUAGAUUCUUUCUCCACUCUUUCACUCCUCACCCUUUCUCUGCUCCUCAGUUCCCUUGCUCUCCUCUCAUUGCACCCUCAGUCUUUGUUCUGUGUUUCAGUCACAGCAUUUGACUGCUGUUACUGCUGGAGGAUUUAUAAAGCUUGUGCUUUGCAGAAUGUUUGCCCUCUUGGAUGCCCUGCAAGGUAAGAAACUCAGAUAGCGCAAGGUGAAAGGCACAGAGCCAGACAGAGUCCAGUUAGAAGGAGAAUUCAGAUCUGCAGGCUCUGAGUCACCUCCUGCAACCCUCAAAUGAGGUGCUGGAUUUAUUUAUUUUGUUUUCACCACUUUUUUUUCUCUUCUGUCAUUUACUCUCUCCUUUCUUCGUGUUCUCUUUUUUUUUUUUUCCUUAUCCAAUUUUCUCACUUCUGCUUCCCAAUUUUUCUGGGGUUUACUAGUGAGGGUGUCUUUCAAGCUGUAUUUGCCUUCCACUGGGCAAAAAUAAGGUAGUUAUGGCACAAACGUCACUAACUGCUGGCAUGACCACAGGCUAUGCCCCUGAGAAGUGCUGAGGACUUUCUUUCCAGAGCUGUGACAUACACCAAUAAAGCAAAAAGCCCUUUGCUCACCUUGCCCUGCCUGAUCUGCAGCAGAGACACUGGUGCAUUUUCAGCUGUAGUUAACCUUGUCCAGCUCCACCCCUGUUAGCAAUUGUGGAGAGCCAUAAUGUAGAUCAGUGCCCUAUUAGUGCCACUAUUUUUAGGACCGUAGGUCUGGUUUGUUGUUGUUUCGUACCUACCACCUGCACAGAGCAGCACUGGCUAGGUACGGGGGGGAGGGGCUGAAGAGGAAAAGGUAAAUUCGAUAUUAACUCUCCCACCCAUAGACUGGCGCUGUUAGGAAGAUCUUCCACCCACAAUCUCUAUCAGAGAAGUUGCAGAACAGCUCUAUGUUAUCUUUCAGCUUUCCUUAUGCCCUGGGGAGGGCUUUUGGCCCAUAGCCCACUGCCACCUUCCCAGUGAGAAGCAGUGCCACCCCAGCCCCGAGCAGGGAGCACAGCUGGGAGCCAGCCCCACCGGCCACUCCUGCUGGAGCUACAAGCUCCUCCUGAAAGGUUUCCCCUAAAGCAGUUGCAACACCUUCCAGAAUUAAUGCCAGCAAUGCCAGACCCAGAAGAUGUCCAGUUCUGGUGGAGUGGGUUACUGCACUGUGGGGUGCCCUUCUGGCCCAACUGGAGACCACUCAAGAGGCAGGGACUUAUGGCCACACUGAGGACCCACCAGGGACCUCACGAUUGCCAAACCUCAUCCAGCAAAGGGAUGGUCAUAUGCUGAACAAGUUCUGUACCAUUUUGUCUUGUGGAUGGUGGCUUGUUUACUGUGACUCACAGGGAAACGCAAUAGGAUGGCAAUACAGUCACUUCCAAAGACAAAUUGUUGUCACAUUCAACAGCAAGUAGACAAGCAACCAAGCCCUUAGAGGGGCGAUAAAUGCUUCCUCUCAGAUCUGUUCUGUGUGUAUCUAUGUGUAAUAUGAGAUUUAUAAAGUCAUACUAGUAUGUAUAGAUGAUGUACAACUCUGCAUACUUAUAUGGUGAUUUCUUAUGGCAUUGACUGUUGCACCAUGUUCAAUACAUCUUGUUUUAGUUUGAUGACUUCUU